CCGCCGCCGCGCGCGACAUGCCUGCAGCCGCCGUGUGCAAGCGCAGGGAGAGCCCGGAAGGUGACAGCUUCGCCGUGAGCGCCGCCUGGGCUCGGAAGGGCAUCGAGGAGUGGAUCGGGAGGCAGCGCUGCCCGGGCGGCAGCUCCGGACCCCGACAGCUGCGGGCGGCGGGCACCGCUGGCAGAGGAACCCGGGAGCUCGUGGGCGAAGUUUUCAGAGAAACACUCAGCGAGGAGGAAGAGGAAGGCUUUCGGCUAGAAGUGGCCCUGCCGCCCGAGAAGACGGACGGGCUGGCCAGCGGAGAUGAGAAGAGGAUGGAGAAGUCGAGCGAAUCUUGCCCGGGCUCCAAGAAGCAGCUGAAAUUUGAAGAGCUACAGUGUGACGUGUCUGUGGAGGAGGACAGCCGGCAGGAGUGGACCUUCACCCUGUAUGACUUUGACAACAAUGGCAAGGUCACCCGAGAGGACAUCACCAGCCUGCUGCACACCAUCUACGAGGUGGUCGAUUCCUCCGUCAACCACUCCCCUGCGUCGAGCAGGACGCUGCGGGUGAAGCUCACCGUGGCCCCCGAUGGCAGCCAGGGCAAGAAGAGCGUCCUCCUCAGUCACCCUGACCUACAGAGCAGCAGGCCCAGAGCGGAGACCAAGCCCGCCGAGGAGCUGCGAAGCUGGGAAAAGAAGCGGCGCGCCCCCCUCAGGUUCCAGGGCGACAGCCAUCUGGAGCAACCUGGCUGCUACCACCACUGCGUGGAUGAGAACAUCGAGAGGAGAAACCACUACUUAGAUCUCGCCGGGAUAGAAAACUACACGUCCCAGUUUGGGCCCGGCUCCCCAUCAGUGGCCCAGAAGUCAGAACUGCCCUCCCGCAUCUCCAACCCCACUCGAUCUCGCUCCCAUGAGCCGGAAGUCCUCCAUGUCCCCCACCACAAGCCCCAUGGUGUGGACCCUGGCUCCUUCCACUUCCUUGACACCCCGUUCGCCAAGGUCUCGGAGGUCCAGCAGCGGCUCCGGGGCACCCAGGACGGGAGCAAGCACUUUGUGAGGUCCCCCAAGGCCCAGGGCAAGAGUGUGGGUGUGGGCCACAUGGCCAGAGGGGCAAGAAGCAAACCCCCUCUGGGACCCACCAUCCCUGCGGUGUCCCCGUCUGCCCACCUGGCUGCCAGCCCGGCCCUCCUCCCCACUCUGGCACCCCUCGGGCACAAGAAGCCCAAGCACCGAGCCAAGGAGAGCCAGCAGGGGUGCCGGGGCCUGCAGGCGCCGCUGGCCCCAGGUGGCGCUGUCAUGGGGCGGGACCAUGUGAGGGAGCUGCCCACCGUGGUGGUGUAUGAGAGCCAGGCCGGCCAGGCGGUCCAGAGACACGAGCAUCACCAUCAUCACGAACACCACCACCAUUACCACCACUUCUACCAGACAUAGAGCCCCUCCCCAGAGCCCGGCCCACCAUAUGAAGGACCCCCUCCCCCCACGCCCCCAAGGCAUUAUUAUUCUAUUAAUUAUUGUUAUUAUGACGAUUAUUGUUAUUAAUAAUUAUUGUUACUCCACUAAUAUUCAGCUAGCCUCCAUGUAGAAGAUAUAUGGAAACACAGAAGUAAACUUUUAUUUAUAUGUUGUGGGGACUGCAUAACUUACCCAAGAAAUGACUCUGGGUGUGGAAGUGGCCUCUAAGUGGCAGAAGCUCCCUUGGGCUCUGGAGCUGCAGUGUCCAUGAAGGAGGGCCCACACCCUUCCCAGCCCUGGGGAGCCCUCCGCCAGAACUCUGCCCACCCCCGUCUCUUCCGGGAGAACACCCUCACCUGGCCCAGCUUCCAGAGACCCUCGAAACCUCCGAGAAGACAAACAGCUGCUACCUCUUAGUAUUAUUCUGAUUUUAUCUUGCCCUUAACUGGUUGUAACGCGCUACAAGGCAUUUCAGCGGACUACAGGCGCACGACCUCCCCAGCUGUUGUAUUUUUGUGUUCCAACCUAGAAACCUGAGCUAUCCUUUCUGGAGUUAUCAUUCACGCCUUUCCAGUGGGAUCAUGCCCUUGCCCAAAACCAGCCCCAUCUUUCUGCCAUGUACAACACGAAAAUACACUUCUCCUCCUUCCCUCCUUCUCCUCUCUUCUUUAGAAAGACACACACACAUAUAUUUAAAGACUGCCUCUGAAGCCAGGCUUCCCAUUUUGGAAACCUCUGGAGAGGGAACCAACCACAUGAACAAGCAUGGUUUUCCAAGAUCGGGCAAUUGUGUGUUGUCGGUUGUGACCGAAGAUGUGGAAACCUCGUGUUCUACCGUUGGCAAAUAUAUACGUAGCUACGUACCUACAUGGUUCUCCAGCGGAGCUCUCUGUAUCGAUAGGUAGAUGCAAUCUGUCCAUUUCUAUGUAUCUUUCUAUAAAUAUACACUCUCAGGUACCUUC